GCUCCCACUUUUUCACAUUUCUUCUUUAUGCACAUGUUGGUCUUGUCCAUGUGUACAGGGAUCAUCCUUUUUUGUACGAAGAUACCCACUUGGUUUGCUGCCCUUUCUUUCGACUAUAUAUUCUUUUGCCAUCUUGUGUUUUUAAUCUCCAAAUCCCAUGUCCCACGAACCAAAGAAGAGCAAAAGAGAGACUAAAAAAGCCAAGGAAAACAACAAAAGAAGCCAACUUCUUCAGUCUUUUAGUGAGCCUAAAUAACCAGUACUAACAGAGAUCAGAGAACUUGUGUGUGUGAGUGUGUGAUUUAGACCACUCCGAAGCUAAUGGAAGAUCUAUGCAGCCCUUUUAAUUGGGAUUCUCGCCAUGAAGAAGAGGGAAUGGAAGAAUUAUGGUACUCCCUUUUAUGCACGACAGUAGAACUGGAGACAAAAGUCGAAUCAACCAAAGAAGAGAUUACAAAGAAAGAAGAUGAACUCCUCAUGCUUAAUGAUUUUCUGAGCAGAGCCAUCAAAGAGAAAGAAGAAGCCGAAUUAAAUUGCCAAAGCAUAAUGCUGGAUAUUGUCACACUUAAAAAACAACUACACCAAACUCAGAAAGAGAAACCAAGUGCUGCUCACAAUGGGCUAGGAGAGCCAACAAAGGAGAGUCAAAACCACUUUGUUGACCAAAUUUUUGCCUCUUGUUGUGAGACUAAUAAAGAGAACGAAGUCAGUAAAGAGUCAUGUGAAGAUAAUAAUAUGGACUCAGUUUUGCAUCCAACAUUAUCUUCUUCUCCUUGUUCUUCAUUAUCAUCAGAAUUGCCGCCGAGCGCUGAGAAGUUGGUGGCUGGAAAGCCAUUGCCGGAGAAAGGGAAGCUUCUUCAGGCAGUGAUGGAAGCAGGGCCCCUGCUUCAGACACUGCUCCUGGCCGGACCUCUUCCACAAUGGCAGCACCCGCCGCCGCGCAUUAACUGUGUUGAGAUCCCUCCGGUGGCCAUUUCUCGUCCCCCAACACACAACUUUCUUGGUCAAGAAGAUUACUCCUGUUUGAGUCACAAAAAGAGAAGCCUACCACAUUAUGAGGGCUAUGGUUUCUCGUCCAACACAAAGUUCCAAAAGGUUGUUCUGUAUUGACCAAGAAUAGUUCACUUUAGUUGCCAAGUUUUGCUUUAAAUUUUCUUGUGAAACCAUCCCUUUCAUAAAUUCAAAGGAAUCAGCAUGAAGUGGGUGGUUAUUUUGUAUGACUUAAGAUUGAUUUAAAUUAAUGGGAAUUAAAAUCCUAACUAAUUCAGUAGUCUUUUGAAUGUAAUUGGAGACCAAAGUUGCCUUUUUCAUGAUGUAGCUUCCUAGUUUUUCUGCCUAAUUGUGAAUAAUAUGAUGUUAUGAUAAGGGGUUCAUCAAUUCAGCA